UUAGCAGGGUUUAGAAUGACGUACUGCAACUUGGAGUUUAAUCAUUUGGAUCUGCCGUCGUUCUCCUCCCUAUACGGGAAAAAGGUGCGUUGUUACUGGUGUCAGCGCCUGCCUGGUUGCUGGCUUUAACUAUACUUUUCUUGUCUACUUUUCUUGUUUUAUUUUUAUAGUUUCAAUAUUGUUUACACAUUUCUUUUAUUGCUGGUCUUCUUGAUUCUUAGGCGGUUGUUCACAUUUCUGGAUUUCCUGUAGUAUGGGUGUACUAAGGAGGUACUCAAGAUAAGCAAGAGGUUCGCCCUUCCCUGGGAUGGAUCAGGAAUUGCCUGUUGAACUGGCACACCUACACAGUGGGUUUAGGCAGUGCCUUUUCUGACUUUAGUGGAGCAGAGGGACUGCUUGUUUGUUUUGUACCAGAGAACUGAGGCAAAAAUACACCCUGAGCACUCACUUUUGAGGAGUGCAAUAUUUAAGAGAAGAAUUUUAUUGUCUAGCAUCUUUAAGUAAUAGCCACAAUGGCGCUGUUCCUGGUGAAAUUUGACCUGAAAAAACGUGUGCAAUUGGCCCAGAUGUUAUGGCUGAUGUACUGGUUUGCAGUGAUGGCUGGCGUGCUGGUUUUUGCCAUGGGCCUGUUUUUCAAGAUUGAGCUUCGGAAGAACAGCGAGCUGAUGGAUAACAGUGAAAGCCACUUUGUGCCGAACCUGCUUAUUGGCGUUGGGCUUCUGGCCUGCGGCAUCAACGCGUUUGGCGGGAAGAUCUGCUACGACUCGCUGGACUCCACCAAGUUCGCCAAGUGGAAGGGCGUCAUGAAGCCCUUCUUGAUCUCCUGCCUGAUCUUCAUGGUUCUCCUGAUUCUGACAGCCCUGUUCUGCUUCAUGAUGCGGAUCCCCCUGCAGUUCACACUGGCGGAGGGACUGAAAAACGGCAUGAAGUUCUACAAAGACACCGACACGCCCGGGCGCUGCUACAUGAAGAGGACGCUGGACCAGAUGCAGAUGGAGUUCAAGUGCUGCGGCAACAACAACUACAAGGACUGGUUCGAGAUCCAGUGGGUUAGCAACCGUUACCUGGACUUCAGUGCCAAGGAGGUCAAAGAUCGAAUCAGCAGCAACGUUGACGGCAAGUACUUGAUGGACGCGGUGCCCUUCAGCUGCUGCAACCCCACCUCCCCCCGGCCCUGCAUCCAGAUCCAGCUGACUAACAACACGGCCCACUACAGCUACGACCACUACAGCGAGGAGCUGAACAUCUGGAAGCGUGGGUGCCAGCAGGCCCUGGUGUCCUACUACGGUGGCAUGCUCAACACCAUCGGGGCACUGGUGAUUCUGGUCACAUUGCUAGAGGGGGUAGUGAUGGUGGGUCUGCAGUAUGUCAACACUGCCAUGUCCACUCUGGUGAACCCUGAGGACCCCGAGAGUGAGAGCGAGGGCUGGAUGCUGGAGAAGACGGUGAAGGAGACCUUCACUGACAUCAUGGCCAAGAUGAAGGCGAUGAGCAAGGGGGGGCAGGUGGAAGAAGGGGAGGGUGAUGCCGUUGCCACGGUGAGCUGAGCAGACCCCGCCCACCUCGAACUGAGACCACUCCCCUUGUCAGGGGGAAGAAUGUGAGAUAUUUAUUGCCUCUUUGAUGUGAGCACCCACCCUCUAAACACACUGAACACAUUGACACGCUUCAAAGCUACUCACUAAGGCCAACACCACACUACUGGUUGCCAGGGUAGGAAGAGAAGCCAUGUACAAAACUAGAAUAUUUGUCCAUAGGUUAAUGCAAAUCAUGUAUAUAAUAGAACUAAAUCUCAUCAAUAAAAUCUCACCACAAUUCUUGCUUUUGUGUAAAAACUCUAAACUAAACUCUAACAUAUCUAAAUCUAAAUGUGUCGUUUGAAGAUCCUAGGCACACAACUUACUGAUACCUCCGGCCCUACAUAGUUUUUUUUCUUUUCAAGCAUGACAGAUUCCAAGAAUUGUGUGUAUAAAUGUGAAUUUGCUCACUGAACGACUGAAUCACUUUGUAUUCCUAUUCCCUUGCUCGUAUUUUUACCAUUCAUGCUGUAAUACACAGUAUUUUUUCUUGUGUUAAACAUUGCCCUUUUCUUUUUUAUUUGCUUGACAUUUGAGUAGAUAUUUGACCUUCAAACCAAAUGCUGUUUUGAG